GUCAAAGCAGUGUUGCAAUGAAUUCGCUAGGGAUGCUAUUGUUAUUGAUCGUAAAUAAUAUUUUUAUCAAUUAAUUUUAUUUGCUAUGCGAGUAAUAAAUGUGUAGUGUAUCGACGAAAGCAUUGUCUGCAAGAUAGUGUUGGAUUAUUGCCAAUUUUUUAUGACAGAAAUGUAUUUUACUGUGUAAACAAUUGUGUAUGCGGUGCUAUCAAGGGCUCCAGAAUGUCUGAUGAGCUCGAAGCUCGAAUGUGGGAUGAAGGUGGAUCCAGAUAUGAAGCUAGAACUCGAGGGGCGUACUAUGAAUCUGCGUUUGCUUCUCCAGAACAAAUGGAUCGAGCACCGUUGUUAGCCGAGGAGAGUUACGCGGAGGUCACAGUGACGACAGCUGGUGAAUCAGAGGAGCACUGCCACUGGAAGAGGCCGGAGCCUCCCAGUGCUGUACCACAGCUGCUAGCGGCUUUGGUGCUCUGUUUCGUGUUUAUGAUAUGCGAGCUGAUCGGCGGCUACCUCGCCGGCAGUCUAUCGGUGAUGAGCGACGCUGCUCACAUGUUAAGCGAUUGUGGAGGCUUCGCGUUGGCAUUGCUUGCCUUCCGCUGUGCUUCCCGACCUCCCACCGCCAGUAUGUCUUACGGUUAUCGACGAGCUGAAGUUCUAGGUGCAAUGGCGUCCGUGCUGUUAAUAUGGGCGUUGACGGGCGUCUUCGUGUACGUAGCCGCCGUGCGUAUACAUACCGGCGAAUACAAUAUCGAACCAGACAUGAUGAUGCUAGUAUCUGGUUGUGGAGUCGGUUUUAAUGUAUUACUGGCUUUAGUGCUUCACGGAUGUGCUUCGGAUAUAGCUCACCACCACACACACGGCGGCGCGGCGUGCGGACACAUACAUACACAUUCGGACACCUCUCCUCAGCGGUUUAAGCUAUUCCGGCGAAGAGAGCACAAACAUACAAACGGGAACGUUCCCAAUGGUGAUUAUAGGAUGAAGGACCUAAGCGCUAGUGAUACAGCGGUUAAAGGGAAUUCGCAAAGGAACAUAAAUCUCCGUGCAGCGCUCAUUCACGUGAUCGGAGAUCUGAUUCAGAGCUGUGGGGUGCUCCUUGCAGCCGUCAUCAUUAAGUUUUACCCAGCGGCAAAGGUGAUAGAUCCCUUAUGUACGUUCGUGUUCAGCGUGCUCGUCCUCCUGACGUCCGUGCGCGUCGUACGAGAUGCGCUCGCGAUCCUUAUGCAGGCCGUGCCUGCUGACUUCAGGUACCGCGAGUGCGUGAGCGGCCUAUUAGCCGUGACGGGCGUCCGUCACGUGCACUCGGUCCACGCGUGGGCCUUGUCCACUCACCACGUGGUGCUCACUGCACACAUUGCCAUCGACGAGCUGGCGGAGUGGGAGGGAGUGCUGUCCACGUGCCAGAGGCUGGCGCGGUCCAUGGGCGUGAGCAGCGCCUGCUUCCAGGUGGAGCGGUUCUCGGGGGAGAUGGCCCUCUGCGACACCUGCACAAGACUCGCCGCGCCCUGACAUCUCUCCACGCUGUGUCGUUAGGCGGUCGGUUCAACGGUGACCAACGCACGGUAUACGUCAUACGUUCAGAGGAGACGUGGGCGAAACGCGACACAGGCGACUUCAUAAAUGUGAUAAAUGUGUUGAAAUGGUAAAACAGGCGCAGGCGCAGGCGGGCCUCGAGCCUCCGAGAGAUCUAAGAAUUCCAAGUAUUUUUGUAGGUUAUAGCUAAUAGUGAUCAGGUCUUCGACCGAUCUCAGUGACGCAGAGUGCGCGAGUCUCCAUCCGCUGACAAUUUACACUUUUCCUUUGACUUUGUGCAUUCAUAUUGUUCAGAAUCCAUGAAAUAAAUACUAAAUAAACUAUUUGGACCUUCCGUCAGGAGUUCGAGGCGUAAGUCCGGCACUCCGAACUCGGCGUGGGAACAAUGAAUGUCCGUGUGUAUUUCUCGUUAGCACAAAUAUUUAUUUUUCUCAGUUAUUUAUAGUGAUAUUGUUAAAAUUACGUAUUCAAUGGAGUGCCAAAUAUAAUCGGCUAUGUAAUGACAAAUAAGUUAGUUAAAUAAGUGUAUUUAAAUGUAUACAUGACUGUUACGUAAUAGGUUAAUUAGGGUCUAAUGUGUCGUAUUACCUUCGAAUGAAUUUGACUCUCUGCUUUUCGAGAGAACAGGAGUAUCAACUUCUCCGUUUGUCUCUUCCAAGAGUUGCGACGCUCGAGGAGAGCCGACCUAGAGUAUCGGGCUGGACCCGUGUUAGAUGUAAGUAGAUUCAAUCACCAGUUUCAAAUCAUUUCCUCAAAUCUCUUCUUUCUGUAUUUCUAUUUCUUCAAAUCUCGCUCAAUUCUUGAAUUGACUGUCGUAUGACUAGUUAACGGCCAUUGGACAGACUCCUCGAAGAGACAUAGGAGUUAAGCGGCUUUUGUAUUUGGGGUCGGAGACUUUGUGACGGUCCGUUUGGUUUUGCGAAAACGGACCGUCGAAGCCAACGUCGGCCUCGUGUCCGAAGAUUCCCUCUAAUUGUGUACUUAAAUGUUUUAAUGUUAUGCUCAAAUCUGUAUUGUGAUAGCUUUGUAAAUAUUAAUGUUAAUUGUAAAUCCGCUAAUGCACUAUGACGUGGAACAUUUUGGCCCAAACCCCGAUCGUAUAGAAGAAUGUGUUUUCAUUUGUAGUGCAAUAUGGAUCUAAUGUGAGUAUUAAAAACGGAGAAACUCGAAAGUCUAAUAUUAUGCCGAACCGAUUUAUAAUUAUUUGCGAAAAUCGUAAUAUUAGAAUUUCUCGUAAAAAUGUCUGAAGUAGUAAAUUCGUUUAAAAUACUUAAUUAUUUAAUUUAAGGAAUAUUUUUUAGAAUGGAUUGAAAUGUUGAAUAGUGCUCCUUCAGCCAAAUUGUAACCAAAAAGUUUUGAUAUUUUGUAGUCGGACGUUGUUGAUCUGGAUUACCGUCCUUUGUAAAAUCUGUUGUAAUCGAUGAUAUUAAAGAAAUUGACAUUAA